AUGGCCCAGCAGCCUCUCACCAAGGCGGGUGCGCUCACCUGUAUAAGAGAGCACCUGACAAUCACCACACUGGAGGGAGCGAGUUCGGAGGAUUUCCGCGAGCUCAGCGGAGAGAGUGACCAAUAUGACUUCAUUUGGAAAGUUGUGUUGGUCGGAGACUCGGGCGUCGGCAAAACAAACCUUCUAUCUCGCUUCACCAGGAACGAGUUCAAUGCAGAAAGCAAAAGUACUAUAGGGGUGGAGUUUGCCACCAGAAAUGUUAAUAUCAAGGGCCGUACUAUCCGUUCUCAAAUCUGGGACACAGCUGGCCAGGAGAGGUACAGAGCUAUCACCAGUGUGUACUACCGCGGGGCCGUGGGUGCUCUGGUUGUGUUUGACAUCACAAAGCCUCAGUCCUUCGCUAAUCUGGACAGAUGGGUACAGGAGCUGCGGGAACACGCAGACCCGUGUGUCAGAAUCAUGCUUGUGGGAAACAAAACAGACCUGAGACAUUUACGGGCAGUUACCCUUGAUGACGGCAGGAUAUUUGCAGAAAAACACCACUACUCUUUUAUAGAAACCUCAGCUUUGGAUUGUACAAAUGUUGGAACUGCUUUUAACAACCUCUUAGUAGAUAUAUACAAGGCUCAAGUUGAAGAUCAACCCAACGUCACCAAGAACGGGGAUAAAAGUUUAGACUUGAAGAAACCCGAAGAAGAAUCGGCAUUUACACCGUGCAGUUGUUAAGACAGAAUAUAUGGCUGCUGUAUAACUUUCCUUCCUUACCUACUGAAGAGUGCUAUACCUAUUCCUGUCACUGUAGGGAGUUUGUCUCGCCUGGUCCCAAACUGUGUACAUGUACACGAAGGAGCAGCUAAAUGUGCCCAGAAUGGGACCAGGGCUUUACCUAGCCGGUCACAGUAAGUUCCCUGUGUAAACACAGCCCUGCUGUUUUUCUCUCCACCAGAGGGCCGUCAGUGGAGGAUCAGUGUUUAAUUUGACAAAUUGAAGUUAGAAGGAUUUGAUGACGGUUUUUGCCACUAGAUGGUGCUCUGCAUACACACUGGUGUGCAUUUCUUUCGGCGCCAUCCAAUGGCUUUAUUUCAUUGCCAUUUUUUUUCUCCCAUUUGAAUACACCAAAAUCUUUUUUCCCAAUUUACAGUCCAUGUGACCACAUGUGACAGUAUUAAAAGCAACCUGAAAUUUGGGACAGUUUUAUCAAAACGGUGAGAAGUUCUGACCUCUGUUUUAUGUAUUCACUGUGAGUCUUCUAAAAAUCUGUCAUAUCAUUUGGAAUUUUUAAAUAAGGCUGGUUAAAAAUCUUAGUUUUAAGAGAUGGAAUUUUUGCACUGAUUACAUUAGCACUUUUAGUAAAUGACAAAAAAUUAGAAAUCAGGAUGGUGUCACUGAGGCAAAACUGACUAAAAUUACAGUAUUUUUCAAAUCUUGGCAUUAUGCAUUGAAAAUUGAAGUCUCAUUGAUAGAAAGGUCUCUACAAGAAUAGGCAGUGGUUAUUGGGGACUCCAUGAGACAGUUCCCCAGUUUGUUACCAUGACAAUAAAAGCACCUGUUUUUAUAAUGUUAUUUACAUAGCUUUGUUUUUUGAGAGAAAUCUCACAAGAAUGCCAAAGCAUGUCAAAAUUACGAGGAUUUAAUAUUUAAUUAUUUUUUCUGGUUUGAUAGUAUUCCAAUAUAUUAAAUUAGACUCUCAAGUUCCCUUACUGUAGGGGAUAUCUGUCCUUCAACGCAUAGUCUGGCAUUAACGGUCAUCUCUCUGUGACAUGGCUUACACUUAAAGGGGAAGAAAACAUAA